AUGUCCACCCAAUCAUCUGAUAUUCCAACAAUUGAAAUAAAAGAUAAUGAAAUGAAAGAUUUAUUAAAAUAUCUUUAUCAAAAUCAACCAUUAUUAAAAGAAAAUGGUGCAAUGAAAUUAAUUCCAACAUCAAAUUUUAAAAAUCUAUUAAAAAAAACACCAAUAAAUAUUCCAUUAUGUUCAACUAUUCAACAAGUUAAACAAAUUGAUAAGGAAAAUUUCAUUUAUUCAAUAAAAACAAAUUCAUUGAAAGAAAAGAAAGAAAUUUCAAAAGAAAAUAAUUUAAUAAAUGAUGAAAUGUUUUGGUUAUUAUUACCAAAUGAUGAAAUGUUUUGGUUAUUAUUACCAAAUGGUUCAAGUACACAACAUAUCUCAAGUAUCUCACAAAUUAAUUCACAAUCAUUAUUUUUAAAACGUGAUCAAUUUGAUUUUCAUCAAUUACCUUUCAAAUCACUUUUAAAAUUAUCUGGAAAAGAAUUUUGUAAUAAAUAUUCAUCAAGAUUAAUCAAAGCACAUGGACCUGCUGCAAUAUUUCCUUUAUCCUCAAAUAAACAAAAUCUUUAUCAAUUAAAUUAUCAUCAUGAAGGUGGCAUUCGCUAUUGGUAUAUAAUUCCAUCAGAAGAAAGAAAAAAAUUCGAAAAUAUUUUUAAAGAAACUAACCCAUCAAGAUGUCUUGAACAUGAUCAAAUAUUAAUUGAUCCAUUAUUAUUUAAGAAAUAUAAUAUUAAAUAUAAAAAAGUUAUUCAAAAUUCAGGUGAAAUUCUUAUUUUAUCUGGAGGAAUUCUUUCACAAAGUUUUACUCAACAUGAAAUUCUGUGUGAAUCAAUUCAUUUUAGUUUACCAUCUUGCUUUUAUAAUGAAUUUACUGUAAAUUCUUCUUUAUGUCAAUGUAAAUUAUCCUCAAGUUCAAAUCAAGAUGAAUCGAUUGAUUUGAAUUUAUAUAAUGAUGAAAAUAUUCAGAAAUAUAUUCAAAAAUAUCUUCAAAUCAAUACUCAACAAAAUGAAGAUAUUUUAUUCCUCGAUAAUAUUAAUGAAGAAGAUUUCUUAAUGGAUACUUCGAAUACAUCAAUGACAUUUACACAAAUUCAUAAUGAAACUGAUUUUAAUGAAUUAUUUUCAUCAGAAGAUUUUCCUAAUGACAUUUGUAUGAAUAAUAAUGAACCUGUAUCUUUAACUUCUGAACAAGUAUUAAAUAUUCUUGAUAUACCACCAUCAUCAUCAUCAUCUAAUGAUCAAUCAAUAAAUAAACAAACUUAUUCAAAAACUAAUAAAUUAUCAAGAAUAACAAAUCAUAAUGAAUUUAUAAUAAAAAAAGCAACUAAGAAUCAAUAUGAAGUUGAUGUAAAGAAAAUCUUAUAUUUAUCAAAUUUAAAUAAACAAAUAACAAAAAAUCAUCUUCGAAAUUAUUUUAUUGGUUCAACAAAAAUUAUUUUCAAACAAAGUCAAUUACCACCACAUCUUAAUUAUGCAUUUCUAUUUCAUCAUACAAAUCUUCAAGCUGAAUAUAAUAGAAAACGAGCAAUUAGUUCUUCACGUUUUGGAUCAAAUUGUCAAAUAGAAUUUGUUAAAAAUCUCGAUGAACUUUCAAAUGAAAAUGAAUUAAAUGAAAAAUGGAAUAUUGUUAUUCAGCAAAUACCUGAAAAUGUUACUGAAAAUGAUUUAAUAAAAUUAUUUAAUUGUCAAAAAAUGAAAUAUAUUCCAUUAAGAAUUGUUCCAAAAUCAAAUACAAAUCAGAAAAUUUUAUUUGGAUAUGCAUUUUUAUCUUUUACAAAUAUUGAACAAGUUGAUCAAGUUAUGAACAAUUCUGAUAAAUAUCAAAUCAAUAAUCAACCAUUGAUCUUAUCUUACUAUAGAAACAUAGAAAAAUAA